AGCAUAUCCAUAGUUCCUCCUUGCAAUUUACAGCCCUGGCCUGCCAUUGCUGGAGUAUACGGCAGUUGUGCAACAGAUCCAGGUCAACGCCUCCCUUAAUAUAGCUUGCCCGAAAUGUCAUGGACGAAAAACACCUGCGCAUGUGGCAGCAGCCGCCGCAUUAGCGCGUCACUCGAUGCAGCCACACGUCGUCAGGCGCUUUCGCUCACGCGUCCGGUGCUGCAUGGGGAAAUCACGAAUUUGAGACCUUCCCCGUUCUCGCGACGUACAAUCAGCUUGGCGGCUUCUAAGGCGACAGCAAAGUGCCCCUCAACGCAACAGAGGAACCAGCAAGCUGUGCGUUGUCGGACGCCUUGGGAAGCCGCGGCUGGGCGCAACGCUGGCAUUUCAUCCCAGCGCCCAAGAGGCUUGCAUUCCUCGACAGCUGCACGGAAGCCAAAUUUCAAGCGCGCGAAUUUGACCAUGACAGAAUACAAUAAGGUGUCGAACCUUACCCUUGACUCGCUGCAGGACAAGCUGGAGGCAGUCAUCGAGGAGGCAGAUCAGAAUGGAGAAGAUUGGGACAUCGAAGCAGCAGCUGGCGUUCUCAAUGUUAAAUUUGGUUCGCAUGGGACGUACGUGAUCAACAAGCAGCCCCCAAAUCAGCAAAUUUGGCUCUCCUCCCCCUACUCGGGUCCUUAUCGCAUGAGCUUUGCCUCCGCGUCCGAAGAUAAAGAUGGUAACAGCACGGGAGAAACCGGUGGAUUGUGGUUUUCCAAGCGAGAAGGUCAGGACACGGUGGAGCUGUGGAGCUUGCUGCGGACCGAGAUUGGACGGAUCGUCAGCGAGGAAGAAGCUGGUGUACUCGUUCCAUGAUCUCUGAGCCAUGCCAAUGACAAGGCGCAGAUGGUAAGGAGUAAAAAGUAGGAGCGCGCGUGUCGACAGGGCAUUUAUCCAUGCAUUUCAAACAGUAAUCUGAUAUUAGUCAUUCGGCCGGGUAUGUCACGAAUAGUGGAUUCUGGGCAAUUUAUGGGCUGCGCGAAUGUCGCGCGAAGCAAUAAAAAGG